GCCUAUCAUAUGAGUGGCAAGUGUUGAGACAAUAAGACAAUUGAUUUGAUUUCCUCAGAGUCUCCACACAUUUGAUCCCAAGAUUUAAUACCAUCGCUUAAGACACAUACCAUCGCCAGUCAUCACCGCUUUAAUCACUGUAUACACCGCUUAAUAAACUGAUAAUAACCGCAAUCGUUGGUCAUUCACACGCGCACAGCAUGUCAUCCGACGACAAGACUACCGGUGCUAUCGGUGGUGGUGUUGGUGGUCAUCAUCAGCCAUCGCACCCGCCAUCGGGAGGUCCGCCGAUAGCCGCCACCAAACCGACCGUCAAUAUGCAGACCAAACCUAAGAUAACGCAAGCGAUUAAUGGCAACCAAACGGCGCUAAAGACCCAAAACAACGGCACCGGUAGUCAGAACGGAGGGAACGGCUAUCGGGCGCUGAAGCCCGAGGGCUACGUAGGAGUGGACUCAUUGCCGGAACAGUUUGUGUCGCGUAUAGUGAGGGAUGGCUUCGGCUUCAAUAUCAUGUGUUUGGGACAGACGGGGGUCGGGAAGUCGACGCUAUUGGACAGCCUGUUCAACAUGAAGUUCCCGGACGUAAGCACUCGUAGCCAUAAUCUCAGUGCAGUCGACGUGACGGCGCAUAACUACGACCUCCAGGAGCGCAAUAUUAAGCUGAAGUUAGGUCUCAUUGAGAGUAAAGGCUUCGGCGAUCAGAUAAACAAAGGUGACUCAUACAAGUCAGUCGUGGAGUACAUCGACCAGCAGUUCGAGCGCUACCUUCAGGAGGAGCUGAAGAUCCACAGGAAUCAGUCGCCGGUGAACGACACCCGCGUCCACGUCUGUCUGUAUAUGAUAUCACCCGUCGGUCACGGCCUCAGAGCCAUUGAUUUGGUGACAAUGCGCUCAUUGGCCGCCAAAUGUAAUCUCAUUCCCAUAAUCGCCAAAUCGGACACAAUUACGAAACCAGAGUUGGAGAGACUGCGGGUGAAGAUCAUGUCCGAGAUUGUCACCAAUGGGAUCAAUAUCUAUCACUUCCCCACCGAUGACACAGACGUGGCUGACCUGAACGGCAAGAACAACGCUCUGUUGCCCUUCGCACUGGUGGCCAGUCAUGAGUUCGUACGGGUGGGCAGUAAGCAGAUGAGGGCCCGACAGUACCCGUGGGGCACCGUUCAGGUGGAGAACGAGAACCACUGCGACUUCGUGCGGCUCCGGGACAUGAUUUUGCGCAUAAAUAUGGAGGACUUGCGAGAGACCACUCACUCCCGUCACUACGAGCUCUACCGUCGCGUACGUCUGGAACAGAUGGGCUUCGGAACGGUGGGCACCGGAGACACCGCUAAAACCACCAGUUUUCAGGAGACCUACGAACAGAGACGGGCCGCACAUCUCACGGAACUGCAGCGCAAAGAGGAGGAGAUGCGACAGGGAUUUGUGCUCAGGGUUAAGGAAAAGGAGGCUGAGCUGAAGGAGGCCGAGAAGGAAUUACACCUGAGGUUCGAUAGGCUUAAGAAGCAGUCAACGGAGGAUAAGCGGCGCCUGGAGUUAGACAAACAGAAACUGGACGACGACAUCGCGGCGCUCAACGCCCGCAAACAAUCGGUGUUAGGCGGCGGCGCUAACCUAACACUCCAACAGUCAAUGCUCGGCAAGAAUAAGAAGAAGUAGAGCUACCGGUGCUCUCAAUGUCUCUCUCAAUGCUUCCUAACGUGUAGUAUAAUAAUACUUGAGCUCUGAAUACCGUAUUUAUCAGACAUUUUACAGUCAAUACAAAAAACUUUUUUACGAUUUUUUUCUCCGAAAACAAACUU